UGGUGGCGCACACCUUUAAUCCUUGCACUCAGGAGGCAGAUUCAGGUGGAUCUCUGUGAGUUCGAGGCCAGCCUGGUCUACAGAGGAGUUCAUAAAUCACACUGAGUCAGAAAGUAUCCAAUUACAAGCAUAAUGAGCACCCCCACGCUGCUACUGCAUCCUUACCAGCAUUUACUAAACAGCCUUAGGGUGCCUUCCCCACGUCUCCACUGCAUCCUUCACUCAGGUAGGCAUCCUGCAUCCGGAGCCUCAAGUGCUGUGCUGCUGAAGCCCUCAGGACACCAUUGUACCAAGUGGACGCUGCUGUCUGGUGGCCCGAGGAGAGCGUUAUGUGCCCAGGCAACCUUGAAGGACCACACAGAAGGACUUUCUGAUAAAGAACAAAAAUUUGUGGAUAAACUUUAUACGGGUUUAGUUGGAGGGCAAAGAGCUUGUUUAGCGGAGGCCAUAACUCUUGUGGAAUCGACUCAUGCGAGGAAGAAGGAGCUGGCUCAGGCGCUUCUUCAGAGAGUCCUCACCCACCGCCGAGAGCAGGAGCGGCUCAACCAGGGAAAGCCCCUCACGUUUCGAGUAGGGUUAUCUGGGCCCCCUGGUGCAGGAAAAUCAACCUUCAUAGAAUAUUUUGGGAAGAUGCUGACCGAGAGAGGGCACAGACUGUCUGUGCUAGCCGUGGACCCAUCUUCCUGCACCAGUGGUGGAUCCCUCUUAGGUGAUAAAACCCGGAUGAUUGAGCUAUCAAGAGAUAUGAAUGCAUACAUCAGGCCAUCUCCUACCAGUGGAACUUUAGGAGGCGUGACAAGGACCACAAAUGAAGCUAUUCUGUUAUGUGAAGGAGGGGGAUAUGACAUCAUUCUUAUUGAAACUGUAGGUGUGGGGCAGUCGGAGUUUGCUGUUGCUGAUAUGGUUGAUAUGUUUGUUUUAUUGCUGCCACCAGCAGGAGGGGAUGAACUGCAGGGCAUCAAAAGGGGUAUAAUUGAGAUGGCAGAUCUGGUAGUUAUAACUAAGUCUGAUGGAGACUUGGUUGUGCCAGCCCGCAGAAUCCAAGCAGAGUAUGUGAGUGCAUUGAAGUUGCUCCGCAGGCGCUCAGGAGUCUGGAGGCCAAAGGUAAUCCGCAUUUCUGCCAGAAGUGGAGAGGGCAUCAGUGAGAUGUGGGAUGCAAUGAGAGAAUUUCAGCAGGUAAUGCUGGCCAGCGGGGAGCUCACCACCAAGAGACAGAAGCAGCAGAAAGUCUGGAUGUGGAAUCUCAUUCAGGAAAACAUCUUAGAACAUUUCAAGACCCACCCGGGCAUCCGGGAACAGAUUCCUCUAAUGGAGAGAAAGGUUCUCAGCGGGGCCCUCUCCCCAGGACUAGCAGCAGACUUAUUAUUGAAAGCUUUUAAAAGCAAACCAUAAUAAACUUACCCUAUAC